UAUACAAGAUGGCUAUCAUUGUUUACAAGAAAGUCGAAAUGAAAUUUUAAAAAAAGGUAAAAUAUUAGGAAACGCUGUUGUAUGGCAGUAUAAUUACAAAGCUGGGAUCAUCUUUUGAAUAAAUAUUGCAUUAAAUUGUAAGCGUACUUGAUUAAUGUGGAGCACACACACAAACCCUUAGCCCUUAGUUAUACGCUUAUUCAGCUUACUUAACUUCUUGAUUGUCUUACUUAAAAAUAAGACCACCAACAACUACUACCUUGAGUGAGUACCUGUUACUGUUAAAAAUUGUAUUGGAAAUGGGUGUCGGCGCAAUAGCCUAGCCUAGGAAAUAUUUGAUAGCCUGUGUUCCAGAAUGAAUUUAAAAAGUAUUUACACAACGAAAUAUUUACAUUUGAGGUUUAAAAACCUGAUAUUACAGUUACAGUGAUAUCAUAAGUUACUGUGUGCGAAAUCUCAGAGUUUCAUUCAUAAUUGCCCUGGCAAAAUGAUCUUCUGGGAAAGGAGAAACCCUUCCCCCCCCUCCCCCCAACUUUAAAAAAAAGAAACAAAUAAAUCAUUUGCCCAGAACCCCUCCCUCCAAUUUUAAAAAUGUAAAAGUAAAAGAAGAAAACAAAUACUUACAUUAAGUUAAUUUAAAGUCGUGAACGCAAACAUAAAUAUCAAAAUCUUUUGAAUACGGCGCUGUAGACUAGAGACUGACCGAAAGUGAGUUUGGUAAAUUCAGAGAACGCGGCCCGCGUUUAUUUCCAUGCGCACACUUUUACGUCUUAAAUCGAUCCCUAAGCCGCAUGCCUAACCUGAACCCUAAAUCGAUCCCUAUGCCUAACCUGAACCCUAAAUCUAUCCCUAUGCCUAACCCGAACCCUAAAUCUAUCCCUAAGCCUAACCCGAACCCUAAAUCAAUCCCUAUGCCUAACCUUAACAAAGUCAACUUGGGCCGCUAAAUCUGAAACAGCCGUGAUUUUCUGAUUUCGGCCGAAACCAAAACUAGGCUGAAAUGUAAAAAUGACUUUGGGCCGAAACCAAAAUUAAACCGAAAGUUAACAUUUCAGUUUCGUCCGAAGCUGAAAUUAAACAGAAAUUUAACUUUUUGCUUUUGGCCGAAGCCGAAACUGAAAUAUGUACGUAUUUUGAAAUUUUUCCACUCAUAUAUUCUACAUAAUUUUUAAAAAAUCAUGGGGGAAAGUAUCAAUAUUUACAUUCUUUUUAAAAAAAAUUAGACCAUCGUGAUUAAUAAUAAAUAACCAUUUAAUGAAUACUUUGGCUUUUACUAUUUUAAUUUAAAAGUAAUUUAAAUUUCUUAAAAAUGUUUUUUUUAAGUAGUAUGAUAAGAGAAAAUUUCGACCUGGUUGGGGGGGGGGGGGGGGGGUUUAAGAAAAAAUACCCCUUAUACCUAUUAUAAUUAUUGUGGCUCUAAUAAAGCCACUUGUCAUCUAAAUAUCAAUUAUUAAGGCUAUAGAAAUAUCACCACAAUGUUUCACGGUUUUCGUCAUACAAAUGCUUUGUGUUUUCAUAAAUAGCUGUAUUAAUAUUUAGCCUAGUACCAAAACAUUAGUCUUACCGUGCUGGUGAUGUAAAAAUUUCAUUCGGUUACCAAGGUCCCUCACCUCCCUUGGUGGGGUAAAUUAUUAUUUUUUUAAACUGGGUCUUUUAAAAUAGUUCUUCUGAUGGUUCUCGGCGGAGAAUCGCAAGACAUCUAAAUUGGUCUCCCAAAUCAUAAAAGUAAAAACAGGUCUGCAGUAGGCCUACUACAUAAUUAUAAUACAAGUCAGUGAUACAUGCGGAUACUUGUUAUUUCGUCAAUAACAAUGUUUAUGAGCAUGAUAAUGAUAAAUUUCAAGAAAUAAAUGAAUUGAAAAGCCUAGGUUUCCUCAAUUAAAAAAAAAAAAAAAUAGGAGAAAUAUUACCAUGCCCUAGGAUUAUGCAAUAUUAUACACCUUGGCCUAUGACAAAAUUGAUGAGUAAAAAAAAGAAAUGAAAAACCUUAGUUUCCCAAAAUAAAAAAAAAAAAAAAUAGGAGAAAUAUUACCAUGCCCUAGGAUUAUGCAAUAUUAUACACCUUGGCCUAUGACAAAAUUGAUGAGCAUGAUAAUGAUAAAUCAAAAGGAAUGUCACAAAUGAAGGAAUUGAAUAAACCUAGGGUUCCAAAUUUCAUUUUUGAAAAAAAUUAAAAACAAAAAUAAUGAUAUAAAAUAUUACCAUUCGACUAGUUUUUCUUCCACAAAACUGUUUACAUUUGCCUAGGCCUAAUAAAAAUUAAUUUUUUUGGAAAUGAAGGACAAGUACGUCAUCAUGCAGCUGUGAGAAGUUUUCACAGAGCAUUAGUCAUAUAAAAUACAAUGACAGCAAGACGUCGAGCAAUAAUGAAUAUCAGAUCGCCAGCCUAGAGACAGACAGACAGUCUCACAUCUGGUAGAUGGCCGAAAGUUACAAUCACUUUCGGCCAAAACCAAAAUUAAACCGAAAGUUAACAUUUCAGUUUCGGCCAAAGCUGAAAUUAAACCGAAAUUUAACUUUUUGGUUUCUUUUGAAACCAAAGGCUGAAAGCCAAAAUUCGGUCGGUCUCUGCUGUAGACAGAAGUUGACCUGGAGAAACCUCCGUGACCUAUGUACCGUGGAACACAUCCCUGGCCUUAUUGCUAACCCAAAAUCAACUACCUUCAUUUCAAGGGAAGUACAUUGCUAGGAAUAUUGGUAAAAUGGUGUUCAGUGUUAGCAUAAGGGUUUUGCCAAGAGCUGUCUCACCCUAGGUGCAGUGAUGUCACUUAUGGGAAUCCCAACACUGGACUUUGACUUGGGAUGAAGAGACCAACCGUUAAAAUUUAUGAUACCACCUAUUGAGCAUUAUUCCCAUCAUAAACUAAAUCUGACAAUAGUAAAGAUUAUAUGAAUGAAAUAUUUUAUAAUCAAAUUAUGCAUUAAUUUUUUAAAAUUAAAAUUCACCUUACAAGGUUCCAAAGGAAUAAAAAGGUGAAAAAGAUGUGAGCAUGGCUAAAAAUUCUGACUAUUGAUUGGUUGAAAAAGUAAUUACUUCUUGUGUGCCAUUUAUUUUAAUCAUGUUGCCAGUUUAUGAGAUAUUUCCACAUUAUUUUACAGUAACGUUCAUUUCAACAUUAUUUUAUGGGGAGGGAUGAUCCUUUCCCCAUUUUCAAGACAAAUAGAAAAUUUUUAAAAAAAAAUUUAUAUGGUGUUGUGGGGCGAGAGAAACUUGUAUUUCAAAUAAGUACAUAGCUGCAUCUUUUGAAUACGGAACUAUAGCUGGAAGUGACCUGGCGAACCUCAAUGAAGUAUAUACCCUUGGAGACAUCGCCAACCUUACUGUUAACCGAAUCCUUACCGAAAUAUUUGUUAAUAUUGCCUAUUUUGUAGAAAUGCUUACCCAUUUUAAUAAAUUGUAUAUAAAGCUCUCCAUCUUUUAAAAUCUUGUCAGAUUGCUUGGAAUAUGACUGAUUUUUCUGUAUGGUGUGACAUUGAUCUUAAUGUGCCUCACUUGCUUGAAGAUAAAACUGUGAUUAAAAUUGUGAAAAGUUUAGUCGGAAUUCAGCCUUUUGGAAAAUCACGAUGUCAGCGACACCUGAGCGUGCGUCACAGGUGCGUUCAUUCCUUGCCAAUAAUUAGUAGAAAUAUUUACAGAUAUUGCUUAGUAAAUGUUAUUAGUUGCCUAUUGUGAUAUUCGAUCAUAUGACAAUAUAAUUUAUAGUUUAGUAAAUGUUAAUUUUUGUCUAUUUAAAUGCUCUACAAUUUGAUGAUAUAUUUAAAAUUCAAGGCUUCUGAAACCUUUAUUUUAGAGCCCGGAAAUAACGUUGGUCUCACCAUCUCCACCACACAGAACCAGUGGUGAUGGUCGUCAACUUCCUAGCAUUCCCAACUCAAUGCCUUAUUCUGCAGGAUCACAAACUGGUAGCAAGGGUAGCAAUCAAGGCCUUAAUAACCGGGGUAGCAAUGGUUACGGGCCUUUCUUUCAGGAAUACUCUCUAAUGGCUGAAUAGUAAGUUUUAUCAUUAAACAAUAUUUCUAUUUUAGGUUUAAGUAACCCCAUUAUAGCUUUGUAUCUAUACAUUAAGAUGUAUCGAAGGGGCAGAUCCAUAAUAUAUCCUUGUUGUAUGUGUGACAUGAUCUGAAAAUAUGAGUAGUUAUAAUUAUUUUAAUGAAACCCCCCUACUGAUCUAAUUUUUGUGUUUUUUAGUCUUGUCCUCUGUUGGUUCCCCAUAAACCUUUACACACAUUUAUAAAUAUUUAUGAAUAUAAUUUAUGCAUUGGCAUAUAUUUCUAAUCAUGAAAUAGUAGAUAGAGAACUGCAUAUCAAACCAGUAAUGUCUCCCUAUGUUCAAAGCAUGCAUAAUGAGUAUAAAAAAGUGCAUCAUUUGAUAGCUCUCUAAAUAUAUGUAUAAUAUAGAGUAUUUAAAAUAUAUAUAUCUCCCUCCACCCAACACUUAAAAAAAAUUUUUUCUUACCCUUCAGUAACCUUAUGCAGCAGCAAAAAAUUCCUGGAGUUUAUGUCAUGCCUUGUGCUAAGACUCCUCUAGGUGAGUUGAUGCCAUGAUGCAUUAGUUUUGGAACCUUUUUAUUGGAUGACACUGAUUACUAAAUAUCUUCAACACACCAUUGUAGCAUUGAGAUGGUUUUGAUUAAAUGUGUCGCAUUGCAUUACAUGAGCCUAUUCUUUAUAUGUAAAAUAACUGUAAUUUCAAACUUAUUUGGAACUUAAAUUUAAUAUAAAUACAGUUAUCUCCCAUUUUUAUUAUAAGUGAACACUUCACAGGUAAAUAAUAGAUAUUAGGUUAAUAUUAAGUUUUUUAAAUUUCAGUUUGGAGUGGCCUAAUAUUCAUUAGGCAAGGCUUGUAUCAAGGAGGAGCACUACGAUUUUCUCUCAGCAUUCCAGACAACUACCCAGACGGGGAUUGUCCUGUAAGAUUUCUAUGUCUAAAUGGUAUUUUAAUGAUAACCAAUUGAGAUGCUCAGCUAUGGAACUUAUCUAUAAAAACUUUAGGGAUAAAAAUGUUCUCUGGGCUUGAAAUAUUUUGUAUUACACACUGAAGAUUAUAACAUGCUAAAUUAAGAAAGUGGGAAAGACCUAUUUGAAAUAUGGCAGCAGUGUGGUGCAAUGGUAAUACUGGCUCCCUCACAACUGAAAGGUAGCAGAGUAGUCCACAACUAGUGGCAUAUGGAAGGUUUCGGUAAGUGGUCUGUCAACCCAGCAGGAUUUUCUGGGGAAGGAAGAGAACCCAGAAUAUAAAACCUGUGAAGGUAUCAGAGUAGUCCACAACUAGUGGCAUAUGGAAGGUCUCGGUAAGUGGUCACUUCAACCCAGCAGGAUGUUCUGGGGAAGGAAGAGAACCCAGAAUAUAAAACCUGUGGGAGGAGCCGGCUUUUACUGACCAGGGCAAAACUAUCUUGCUGAUAUUAUGAGUUCUGAAACCAGUUGUUUGCUAAACGGCUGUAAUCCUACCAGGUAUGUUUUAGCUGGCGUAGUUUGUUGGGGAUACACAAGAUUAAAGAAAUACUGAUAUAAACAAUCUUUCCUUAAACAAUGAAUAGUUACAACUGUAUGUUACAACUGUAUGUUACAACUGUAUGUUACAACUGUAUGCUACAACUGUAUGCUACAACUGUAUGCUACAACUGUAUGUUACAACUGUAUGCUACAACUGUAUGCUACAACUGUAUGCAACAACUGUAUGUUACAACUGUAUGUUACAACUGUAUGCUACAACUGUAUGCUACAACUGUAUGCAACAACUGUAUGUUAAAACUGUAUGUUACAACUGUAUGCUACAACUGUAUGCUACAACUGUAUGCUACAACUGUAUGCUACAACUGUAUGCUACAACUGUAUGCUACAACUGUAUGCUACAACUGUAUGCUACAACUGUAUGCUACAACUGUAUGUAACUGGAUGUUAUAACUGUAUGUAUCUGUGUUACAUGGUAUGUAACUGUGUGUUAUAACUGAAUGUAACUAUAUUACACUGUAGGUAACUGUAUGUUAUAACUAUAUGUAACUAUAUUAUACUGUAGGUAACUAUGUUAUGACUGUCUGUAACUGUAUUUUAUAACUGUAUGUAACUAUGUUAUAAUGUAUGUACUAUGUUACACUGAAUGUAACUGUAUGGUAUAAUUGUAUGUUAUGUAUGUGACAUUUGAGUCUUAAUUUGUUUUGAUUGGUUUCACUAUUUCCUCCAGACAUUGGUGUUUGAGUUCCCUGUCUUUCAUCCUUUGGUUCACCCGGUGACCGGAGAGCUGGAUGUGAAAAGAGCUUUUCCUCGAUGGAGGUAACAAAAAUGGUAGUUUUGUGGAUGGGAUUUAUAAAUAACUAACCAAUAUACCCGGUGUCACCUAGGAUAUCUUUUAGAAAAAACUUGGAUGGUCUUUUAGCUUUCAUCAAAAUUAAGGGCCCUGUAUAAAAACAUGCGGCUAAAUAAAAAAUGAUUUUAAUUUAAACAAUUUAUUUUUAUUCUAUAAAAUUGACCUAUAUUAGCUUUUGUAAACAUUUUGGGGCCGCCGGGCAGACUAAAAACAUAUGAGUUAAAGUCUUAUAAAACUUGAUAAAGCUAGACAUUCUAUGGCCCUUUAACAAUUAAAAUAAAAUUGGAUCUCUUUGGCAUCCAGUUCCCCCUUGUGAUUCUGUUCCCAAGUGGGAUCCCAUUCCCCGUUUAAUCCAGUUCCCUGGUAAUCCUGUUCCCGAGGGGAUCUCGUUCCAUGAGGUACACUUAAAGUUAUCCCUAAGAUGGGGGCAAACUUUUGCCAAGAUACAUCCACACAUGUAGCAGAGUAUACUGUAAAACCUUUGUCUUCAUUAAUGUAUAUAACUCAGUCUUUUUUAGGGGAACAUUAAUUUAGAACUGUCCAGAACUUUGUCUUCAUUAAUGUAUACAACUCAGGCUAUUUUAGGGGAACAUUAAUUUAGAACUGUCCAGAACCUUUGUCUUCAUUAAUGUAUACAACUCAGGCUAUUUUAGGGGAACAUUAAUUUAGAACUGUCCAGAACCUUUGUCUUCAUUAAUGUAUUUAACUCAGGCUAUUUUAGGGGAACAUCAAUUUAGAACUGUCCAGAACCUUUGUCUUCAUUAUUGUAUAUAACUCAGUCUUUUUUAGGGGAACAUCAAUCUAGAACUGUCCAGAACCUUUGUCUUCAUUAAUGUAUAUAACUCAGUCUUUUUUAGGGGAACAUUAAUUUAGAACUGUCCAGAACCUUUGUCUUCAUUAAUGUAUAUAACUCAGGCUAUUUUAGGGGAAAAUCAAUUUAGAACUGUCCAGAACCUUUGUCUUCAUUAUUGUAUAUAACUCAGUCUUUUUUAGGGGAACAUCAAUCUAGAACUGUCCAGAACCUUUGUCUUCAUUAAUGUAUAUAACUCAGUCUUUUUUAGGGGAACAUUAAUUUAGAACUGUCCAGAACCUUUGUCUUCAUUAUUGUAUAUAACUCAGUCUUUUUUAGGGGAACAUCAAUCUAGAACUGUCCAGAACCUUUGUCUUCAUUAAUGUAUAUAACUCAGUCUUUUUUAGGGGAACAUUAAUUUAGAACUGUCCAGAACCUUUGUCUUCAUUAUUGUAUAUAACUCAGUCUUUUUUAGGGGAACAUCAAUCUAGAACUGUCCAGAACCUUUGUCUUCAUUAAUGUAUAUAACUCAGUCUUUUUUAGGGGAACAUUAAUUUAGAACUGUCCAGAACCUUUGUCUUCAUUAUUGUAUAUAACUCAGUCUUUUUUAGGGGAACAUCAAUCUAGAACUGUCCAGAACCUUUGUCUUCAUUAAUGUAUAUAACUCAGUCUUUUUUAGGGGAACAUUAAUUUAGAACUGUCCAGAACCUUUGUCUUCAUUAAUGUAUAUAACUCAGUCUUUUUUAGGGGAACAUUAAUUUAGAACUGUCCAGAACCUUUGUCUUCAUUAAAGUAUAUAACUCAGUCUUUUUUAGGGGAAAAUUAAUUUAGAACUGUCCAGAACCUUUGUCUUCAUUAAUGUAUAUAACUCAGUCUUUUUUAGGGGAACAUUAAUUUAGAACUGUCCAGAACCUUUGUCUUCAUUAAUGUAUAUAACUCAGUCUUUUUUAGGGGAACAUUAAUUUAGAACUGUCCAGAAACUCUAGAAAAAUAUCUUUAAAUCUGAUUUCUUAACAUUUGAUGAAACUCAUUGAAAGUUAUAGCAUACCAUUUAUUGAUAUUUUUUUCCCCAGGAGAAAUGUAAACCAUCUUUGGCAAGUGAUAUUGUAUGCCAAAAAAGUCUUUUAUAAAAUGGACACAACGUCCCCGUCCAAUCCAGAGGCAGCAGUUCUGUACGUAUGAUUUAAUAUCAUCUUUUGAUUCUUACACUAAGCUCGAGAGGGCAGGUGUUGAGGCAUACUAUUUUAUAGGUUUGUAACCGUGUUACAAGCUACUAACUAAACAUGAAUUAUGCGUUCAGUUGAACGGUAAAGUGCUAGGGGAAUGUGCGUCAAUUUUUUUAUAAUGAAAUUUUACUAGACAGUUAGAUAGUUUUUUAUCUAAAAAAAAUUUCUCGAUUACCUCCCUGUUCCCAUAACUGAUAAAAUAAAUUCAAACGGAAUUCGUAAAAACCAACAGAUGACCAUGUGUUUUUUUAAAACCAACAGGAUGGGAUUUGAUGGUGGUUUUAAUAAUGUUCUGCUUUCAGUUACGAUCAGGAGCCCAACAUGUUUAAAGACCGUUUGGCCGAAUCUCUCAAGUCAUCUAAUGACAGGCUGUAUCAGCCCCCUGACCUUGAUGACCCUUAUGCUCUAAGGUAACUGUUCUGUUUCGUUGGUGCAGAGCAAUCCCUUUCUUGAAGGAAAAAAGAAAACAUAAAUCCUGGUCAUGGGAAAACUAGACCAUUGUCGUGACCAUUAUUAGGUCAUCACAUGACCAUUAUUAGAUCAUGGCCAUGAAUUAGACCAUCGCCAUGACCAUUAUUAGAUCAUUGCCAUGACCAUUAAUUAGACCAUCACUAUGACCAUUAUUAAACCAUUGCCAUGACCAUUAUGAGACCAAUGCCAUGAACAUUAUUAGACCAAUGCCAAGACCAUUAUUAGACCAUUGCCAUGAACAUUGGUACUAGAGGACUAAACAGAAAAUGAUAUUUCUGUAAAGUAAACAAACAUUAGAUAUUUUAAAAAAAUAGAUAUUAGCACCCGACACCCAACACUCUGCUUAAAUGACCACAUCAACUUGCUUAAGCUAGGACAUCAGGGACAGGCACUGCAAGUCUUCUUAAAUGACCUGUCCCUGAUAUCCUAGCAUCAAUUUGCCUAAGCCAGGACAUCAGGGACAGGCACUGCAAGUCUUCUUAAAUGACCUGUCCCUGAUAUCCUAGCAUCAAUUUGCCUAAGCUAGGACAUCAGGGACAGGCACUGCAAGUCUUCUUAAAUGACCUGUCCCUGAUAUCCUAGCAUCAACUUGCCUAAGCUAGGACAUCAGGGACAGGCACUGCAAGUCUUCUUAAAUGACCUGUCCCUGAUGUCCUAGCAUCAAUUUGCCUAAGCCAGGACAUCAGGAACAGGCACUGCAAGUCUUCUUAGAUAACCAUAUCAAACAUGCCAUGCUCCUUAAGAAUUGUGAUUGUGCAUACACUCCCACCUGAAAGCUGAUGAAUUCUUUAUCUAAUAUAUAGAAAAGUAAAUCCUGGAAUUUUAUAAAAUUUUAUGACAAAAUAUUAAAAACAAUUUUUUAGCUUGAUCAUUUUUUUUUUAAAUGUUUAAAAAAUGGUCAUUUGUAACAUCCCUAAUAUUUCGCAAGUUAUAUCCCUUGAAUUGAAAAAAUCUAAAAUAAAUGAAUAGAGCAGAAUAAUGAGACAUGGCAGUGUCCACAGAAAAACAUCAUCAGACCAUGUGCAUGUGUUACAUGUGUGUUUCAAAUAUAGGCCUGCAAUGGGAGGUGUGCUUGUCAUAGUCACUUACAGUAACAGGAAACACAGACAACAAAGUCUUGAUUGGCUCAUUUGCUGGCUUGAUUCCAUACUGGUGUUUGUUUUAUUGCUAGGUCGGUGUGUUUGAGUGUAGAAGAUUGUGUGUGUGUUUCACUGUAUGUGUGCUUCAUUGUGUGUGUGUUCUACUGUAUGUCAGGUUCAUUGUGUAUGUGUGCUUCAUUGUGUUUUUGUGUGUGCAGGUGCCUCACUGUAUAAGUGCAAGAUGCAUACCAGGUAACAUGCAAUGUGAUUUCAGAAACUUUCUUUUUGACAGGUUCAGCCCCUGGAAUGAAGCUGUUCACCCCGACACAAAACGACAAAUGAUGCAAUCUUCCCAGGUAAACAUUAUUCAUGGAUCUUUUGAACGUGUCAUGUGGGAAUUAAAUCUCGUCAUGGCUGCUUGACUUUGAUUGGCUAGAUUUCAACAACUGGAUCUCUCUUAUUGGCUGUAUACAAACAGCUUGGUAUCGCUUUGUUGUGAUUGGCUAGAUAUUAACAGUUUGAUGUCUUUUAUCUCUGAUUGGCUAGAUAUCAACAGUUUGAUCUAUUAUGUUUGAUUGGCUAGAUAUUUUCAUCUUGAUGUUUUUAAUAUCUUUUUUGAAUACUUAUGAUCUAAUAUUGCAUUGAUGUGUCUGUGCAUGGAAUAGGCUGGCUAUGCGGUGGGGCAUGCUGGCUAUGUGGUGGGACAGGCUGGCUGUGCGGUGGGGACAUAAAUUCAUUUUAAAAUUAAUACAUGACUGUGUGUCUAAAGUUUCUAUUUUUACUGUAAUUCCUUUAAUGUUGUGUUUUCACAUUUCUUACUUUUACUAGUUCAUUAAUUUGAAUGAAUGAGAUAUUUCUCAUUUACGGUUGUGCAUUCUCACAGUAGCAGUAGUAGGACGAUUUAAACAAAAAAAAUGUGCUUGCUGUUGAAAACAUGACUUGAUAAUAACUGAUACUGGUCCAAGUACUCAAUACAUGACUUGAUAAUAACUGAUACUGGUCCAAGUACUCAAUGUCUAUACAUGACUUGAUAAUAACUGAUACUGGUCCAAGUACUCAAUGUUUAUACAUGACUUGAUAAUAACUGAUACUGGCCCAAGUACUCAAUGUCUAUGUAGACUAGUUUAGACCAUCUAAAAUGGUCUAAUUUAAAAAAUUUGAUACCGUCCUAAAAAAGCCUGCUAUUAAAUAAUUGAAAGUCCUAACUAACUGUACUACUGAGAUACAACAAAUUCUGCUAUAAAAUAAAUGAUACAGUCCUAACUAACUCUACUACUGAGAUACAACACAGUCUGCCAUACAGUAAUUGAUAUGUUCUAACCUUUGUUUUUUAACUGUAGAAAGUUUUGCAAGGCUUGGGGGUAAGUAAGUUUUAAUCUCAGGUCCUAUAAAUAGACAUUCCUGUCUUCAAAAACUAACUCUAUUGUCAACGACUUGGAUGAUGUAAUAAUUGGAUGAUGUAAUGCAUAUCUGAAAGUGACCUUUUCUUUUAAACUCCAUAUCAUAACAACAUUAUCCUGCAUUGAUAUUUUGUAUUAAGAUCAUAACAUUUUGCUACAAUGAUGGUUCUCUAACACUAUCAUAAGAUGUUUUCCGCUCUAUCUGGUCACUUAAAUGUGGACAAUAAACCGACCACUUACACAAGACAGCACUUGAACUUGCGCAAUAAAUAACUCAACACUUGCUCAGAUUAAGCACUUGAGACUUGUGCAUCCCGUCACCUGCAACUUUCGCAAUCUUUGACUUACAACCAAAGUAGGGUUGCACUUACUACACCAGCAGCACCACUUGACAUCAAGUAUUAAAGGAAAACCUUGUUUUGUCCUGCGAAAGUUUAGAAAAGAAAAGCGGGCUACAUGUGGCUAGUGGAUACUUAGACUAAGUCAAGAAAUGCUGGAUGUAAGUGGCUAAUAGAUACUUAGACCAAGUGGUUUAAGUACACGUUUUUAGUGGAACAAAAUGUAGAGGAGAAAAAAAAACAUUGCAGAAGGUUUAAUGUCUGGUGAAGUUUAUGUUGCCUUAAACUGGCUGAUUGAAGGUCCCCCCCCUCCCCCCCCCCCUCCCUCCCGCUCCCGUUUGCAGAGAUUAGAAUUGAUCAUUUCAGUGAUGCAAUUGUUUUGGCUAUAAUCUUUGAUAAUAAUUUAAGCUUGUUUCUAAUCUGAUACCAGCUUUGUUUGGUCUAAUCCCAUGUGUGAUAAUGAUUCAAUGUUUGUUUGGUCUAAUCCCAUGUGUGAUAAUGAUUAAAUGUUUGUUUUGCUAAUCCCACAUUCAAACUAAUGAAAUGCAGCUUUAUUUAUUUCAUUUCUCUGAAAAAAGUGUCUAAUUAAUUAUAAAUAAUGCAAAACACAUGUGAGUUUGUCAAGUUGAUGUAAGAACUAGUCCAGUCUAACAUGAUUGGAUAAGAAAUAGUCCGUCUAACAUGAUUGAAUAGAACUGGUCAAGUCUAACAUGAUUGGAUAAUUUAAAAAGACAAAAUGAAAGAAUUCGACUGCUUCAGUUUUAUUUUAGAUGCUAUAUUUUAUGACAGUUUUUACAAUUACUAUUUUAUGUAUGCUGCAGGGCAUCACUUAAGUUUAUUUUUAUCUGAUAUCAGGGCAACACUUUACUUUAUUUUGUCUAAUAUAGGGCACCAUUUAUACAUGGUCUGAUAUCAGGGCAACAGUUAGCUUUAUUUUUCUCUGAUACCAGCUCAUCAUUUUUGCUUUUUCCCCCCUCUGAUAUCAGAGCACCACUGAGCUUUAUUUUGCUUUGCUUUCAUGUAAGCAUGUUCCUAACCAACACCUGCUACAUCCUGACGCUUACCUCACCAUAUUAAAUCAGUUACAUUGAGUUGGGCUUCUACUAGGGCAAGGGAAAGAAAACAUCAACCAAGUCCAUUGUGGAUAGAUGGGGUAGAAAAGCUGGAGAAGGGAGAUAGAAGAUAUCUCGUGAUUGAUUUGUAGAAUAGUCAGAUAGAAUCUCUUGAUUGAUAUUUAGAAUAGUCAGAUAGAAGAUAUCUAACCAUUGUUUGUUGAUAAGUCAGAUAGAAGAUAUCUAACCAUUGUUUGUUGAUAAGUCAGAUAGAAGAUAUCUAACCAUUGUUUGUUGAUAAGUCAGAUAGAAGAUAUCUAACCAUUGUUUGUUGAUAAGUCAGAUAGAAGAUAUCUAACCAUUGUUUGUUGAUAAGUCAGAUAGAAGAUAUCUAACCAUUGUUUGUUGAUAAGUCAGAUAGAAGAUAUCUCUCCACUGUUUAUAAGAAUACAUUUUCUGUUUGCCAACCAUUGCUGCUUGUCUUAAUCAUAUUUUCCAAUAAUCGAGUUUUCUUCUUACCAUCAAGUUUUCUUCUUACCAUCAAGUUUUCUUCUUGCCAUCAAGUUUUCUUCUUGCCAUCCUUGCUUGGCUUACUUAUCAGUAUCAAUACUACAACUCAUUGUAUGAUGUUACAAUCAUCCUCAGUCUUCCUUCAGUCCAUCAUAACAAACCUCUUCCCCAAGCUAAAGUCUAUCAGCUGCUAUAACAUUUGUCCACAGAAACAGUCCAACGAUGCUGGCUCGGCCAACCCUUCGGACCUGGGCCUUUCAUGGAUGGAACCUGGACAGACACGGAUUUUUGUCAGGGAUGAGUCGGGCAAUAUAUAGUGGAUGUCUUUGUGGAUAUAUUUGAAAAAUGUCAUGUUUCUUAUUUCAUGUGAUUAUGUUGUGUUCAAUUUGAUAGUUGUAGUUAGCUCCUGAUGAAGGUUCAGUUUUCUGUAAAUGUGCACUGUUGGGUGUGCACUGUGGGAAGUUCACUGUGCGAUGUGCACUGUGGGAUGUGUUGGAUUGUUAUAUUGCACUAGUCGUACUUAUUGACACAUGUCCAUGCCUUGAAGUGCCUUCAGAUCUGUAUGCAGCUGUCUUUGAUAUCAAGAAAUUUGUUCUAAAGAUUACUGCGGGAAUAGGGGUUCAAUGGUUCUUAUUGACACUUGUCAUGGAAGCUAACAGUUGUCUUCAGUUUUGUAUUUUAUUGUUGGGGGGUAUGAAAGUAGGUCAUCUGGACCAUGGAUGGUAUGAAAGUAGGUUAGCUGGAACAUGGAUGGUAUGACAGUAGGUCAGCUGGACUGUGGAUGGUAUGAAAGUAGGUCAUCUGGACUAUGGAUGGUAUGAAAGUAGGUCAGCUGGAAAUGGAUGGUAUGACAGUAGGUCAGCUGGACUGUGGAUGGUAUGAAAGUAGGUCAGUUGGACUAUGGACGGUAUGAAAUUAUGUCAUGUCGGCUGGACUAUGGAUGGUAUGACAGUAGGUCAGCUGGACUAUGAAUGGUAUGAAAAUAGGUCAGCUGGACUACAGGUUUUAUUUUGGUCUGGUUUUUUACAAUUUUCAAUUCAUUUUGUUUACAUAUGGCAAAUUCAUUGUAUCCCAGGUAAUUCAAUGUGUAUGGUUCACUUGUAUUAGUGUAUGUGUCACUAGUAUUUGUGUAUGGUUCACUUGUAUUUGUGUAUGGUUCACUUGUAUUAGUGUAUGUGUCACUAGUAUUUGUGUAUGGUUCACUUGUAU